AUGACUGCAUCCUCCGAUCUUCCCUCCCAGAAUGGCGCAGGUGCCCAGGAGCUUCGCUUUGGAACAUUAGCUGUUCACGCUGGAGCGCCUCACGACCCUACCACUGGCGCUGUCAUUGCUCCUAUCUCUCUUUCCACAACCUUCGCUCAGACCAGUGUCGGUAGCCCCGUUGGUCUUUACGAGUAUACUCGCAGCUCUAAUCCCAACCGUGAUAACUUCGAGGAAGCUGUCGCGGCUCUUGAACACGGAAAAUACGCUCUGGCCUUUUCGUCCGGAUCUGCCACCACCGCCGUCAUCCUCCAAUCCCUCGCUGCCGGCUCGCACGUCGUUUCGGUGGCCGAUGUGUACGGCGGAACCCACAGAUACUUCACCAAAGUCGCGUCCGCUCACGGCGUUGACGUGUCCUUCACGCCUACAAUCGAAGCGGAUGUGGAAGCGCUGAUUCGCCCCGAGACUAAGCUGGUCUGGAUUGAAACUCCCUCCAACCCCACAUUGGGCUUGGUCGACAUCAGCAAAGUCGCGGCUGUGGCGCAUCAGCACGGUAUCACUGUGGUGGUCGAUAACACUUUCAUGAGCCCUUAUGUCCAGAACCCAUUGGACCACGGGGCCGAUAUCGUGGUGCACUCCGUCACCAAAUACAUUAACGGUCACUCGGAUGUUUUGAUGGGUGUUGCGGCCUUCAACUCGGAGGCUCUGAAGGAGCGUCUCACAUUUUUGCAGAACGCCAUUGGCGCUGUUCCAUCCCCAUUCGACUGCUGGCUCGCCCACCGUGGUCUCAAGACUCUUCAUCUGCGUGCUCGUGAGGCGACAACCAACGCUACUUCCGUCGCUAAGGCCCUUGAAUCCUCUCCCCAUGUUAUCUCGGUCAACUACCCCGGUCUGGAUUCCCACCCCCAGCGGGCCAUUGCGGUCAAGCAGCACCGCAACGGAAUGGGUGGCGGUAUGCUGAGCUUCCGCAUCAAGGGUGGCCAGAAGGCGGCCCACCUCUUCUGCGAGUACACCAAGGUCUUCACCCUUGCUGAGAGUCUGGGUGGUGUCGAGUCUCUUUGCGAGGUUCCCGCCAGCAUGACACAUGCCGGUAUCCCCAAGGACCAGCGCGAGGCCGUUGGUGUCUACGAUGACCUCGUCCGUAUGAGCUGCGGUGUCGAGGACGUUGAGGAUCUCACCGCCGAUACCCUCCAGGCGCUCGAGAAAGCUGUUCUCGCUAGCCAGCAGGUGGCCAACGGAUCUGCUUAA